AUGGAUCGCAAACCACUCAGCCCGCGCUCGAUCGAUCCGAUGGACUCCCCAGGAAACAGCGAGCCCGCCCCGAUCGUGGUUGUGGAGGCUCAACUUAGGACACUUUUGACUCUGGGCGGCUCAGGCGAGGGUUCCAAAGCGACGCAGCAGCGCGAUGACUAUUUCGCGGCUGGGCCUGGAUAUGAACAACGUCGUCAACAAGCACCCCAAUACCAACCAUUCCGGCCUACAAGCACUCUGCUGCUUCAACCCCAGCGCGUCUCCAGCUUUGCUCAAAUACAGAGUUGGGAUGAGCAGUUCAAAACAAUCCUUACAGAGCGGUUGAGUAGUCUGUUCGGUGAAUCUGCAAAUAUAGCCAAUCCAAUCAAGGAAGUUCGUCUGCAGGACUGGCUGAGGGCUGCCAUAUGGUGGACUGUCCAAGGGAAGACCGUACUGGAGGCCCGGCAGCACGUCACAGGAACCGAGGGGGACCGAGACGAAGAUCAACAAUCAGCAGGCAAGGAAAUUCUGCAGGGGCUCGUGAAUAUUGCAAAGGCUUGGUGGAUAUGUCACCACAUCGUCAUGCAGGAUACCUUCAAGAUCAGAAUGGCCGCGUGCCGAAUGAAAGGAACCCCGUACAGCGUGCUCUUCGACCAAUAUCAAGCUGUACUUCAAUGCCUGCGUGGCUACGAACGACGGAUAGCGGCGGUUCUGCAUGGAACCUUCCUCCGAUGGCGCUCGCUGACACGGGUGACUCAUGACAUUAUCGCGACAGAGACUGACAUGGUUGCCGGCGAGGACGAGAAUCUUCUGUUCGACGACACGGCCAAAUCUUGCCAGUAUAUCAACCGCGACAAGCCUGCCGGGUUCCCCGCAAAGCCCGUCACGCACUGCCGCGGGACAGGAAAACGUAAAGCGCAUGGUGGACUCCGCAUCGUCAUCGCGACUCCUCCACAUACCAAGGCGCGACACCGGGUCACGCAUGACCUGCCGAACAGCUGCCCGCUGGCUUAUAGCUUGGUAGAUGGCGAAGACGGGUCGCCCGGUCUAGUCCUGCAUCUUGCCGAGAAGGACAAGGACGAGACAUGUUCACUCUUCAUUUACCUCGAUAAUCCCGACGCGCGCAUUCUGCUGCAUUCACUCCUCCUUGAUUCGACCCCGCUCCGUGGAGAAACUGAUCCACAAUCGUUCUUGAUAAGCUCGUAUGUAAUCGACGUGCAAGGCCCCGGGUCCGAAACACAGGCUACAAAGCACCUGGAUAGCGGGGAAAGUCAAGCGUUAGUUAUUGAAGAGGAGGCUGAGCUGGAAAGCAGGGGCGCUCACUACGGGAAGACGAUUCUAUCGGAGCACCUGCGGGUUGUUAUUCAGAAUGAAUGGGGCUCCAUCACGGAUCGGCUGAAUAUUGGUCCUAAACAGCUCACAAUUGCGCUUCCAAUCUACGACAGCAAUACAAUCCAUCUUCAUCGCCUCCCGCAAGAUGAUCUGAGCAUAACUGUAGCACACGACCUUGUUAGCAAGGACCACCUCGCCAAAAUUAAGAGCCUUCUUCUCUCCAUUCAGACCAAGUCCAGCAUAAGAAUCAUCAAAUUCAAAACUCAGACGGACCUCCACAAGUUCCAGGAAGCAGUGACUGGAUUCAAUGUCCGAUUUGACGGCCUCGCAACCCGCUUCCUCAUAACCCGUCGACGAAAGCUCCUCCCCCUCAUCAAACAAUGGGACACCAAUCUCGCGCGCGUUCAGCUCAUCCAGCGGGGCGGAAGAUUCCAAAUCAUCGCGUUCUUCCACUCAUUCCGACACUGGAAGUGCAUAAAUUUCGGGAUAACCGCACUAGACGAGACCGAAAAGAUGGGUCAAAAGGGCGAAUGCGGCGUCCGGAUCAGAGAUGCAAAGUAUGCUCUACCUCAGCCUGAGACUGGCUCCAGUGGCGACGACCGGGAGCUUCCCGGCUCGGUUUGCUUGGAUGAGUUGGAGUUCCCUACUGAGCAUAGUGAUGUUGCCAUUAUGUUUGGGGAUGUAAUAGGUUAG